GGCGGACAGGAAGUGACGUAAGAGGUUAGCCAGUGCGAAGUAGAUUGUCUUGUGUUACGACCGCAAACAGUAGCUUAUUUUGGGGGUUAUUGAGCCUUUUUUUGGAACAUUGUAUCUUGCUCCUAAAAGCCUGUUGUUCCGGUGCUAACUGCAUUACACAGGAUUGUUACAAUUUAUUAGGAACUAUUGACCGUUCAAUAGUGUUUCUACACGGUCACUUCCGUCGCAAACGGGGCGACAUGGCGAGGCAUCUUCGCUUUGUGGCGCGGACUGUGAUGGUCCAAGACGGCAACGUUGAUGCGGCGUACAAACAACUGAACAGGGUCCUGAACCAGGAUGGGAUCAUUGAGACAGUGAAGCGCAAGCGGUACUUCGAGAAGCCCUGCAGGGAGCGACAACGGAAGAGCUACGAGAACUGCAAGCGGAUCUACGACACUGAAAUGGCGAGGAAAAUUGCCUUCAUCUCCAGGACGAACAGAACUGAUCCCUGGCUUGGAAUGUGAUAAAAACAUUAUUGGAGUCAGGAAGUUGGGGGAAAAAUUAAGCAGGAAAAAUAUUUUUCAUCAUCAUCUUUAUCAUCUCACAAAUGCUCCUUCUUUUUUAUGACACAAAACCUGUUAUGAAACAUAAUUGUGCUUAAAUUUGGCUAAGUAGAUAUUUAGCAUUCUGCUCUUUUAUCAUAGUACAAAAGCAUAUUUGUUGCCGUAAAUAUAAUAUGUACUUUUCAUUGAUUGAAGCUCAUAAAAAUUGUAGACAUCUUUACUGACAUCCAAAAUAUUGUCAAUGAAAUCAUCAAUGUGUCAUCAAAAUUAUAUAUUGUAUUAAAUAGUGUAGUUAGUA